AUGCUACCGGGAUCCGAAGUCGAAUUCACGUGUCAGUCGAACGGAUUCCGUCAAUCAAUUCUUCAGUUUCUGGGCACGGCCAGAUGCGGAAGAAGCCGCCCAUUUCAGCUGGCCCACUGUGCUGGCUUGUCUGUUUGUGGCUGGCUUCGCCCUGGGGCCGCCUCUGGACGGCAUUCACUCCGCUGUGGGCCUUCAGGGGGUCCGGACGGCCUCUGCACGAGCGUGUGGGUCUUCCCUCUGCUGGGCGCCAUGUACGCCGUCGUUGGUGGCCUGCAGCUAUUCAUCGACCAAUCUGCUUUCAAAUCGGGGUAUCAGAGCCUGGAUAGCUCUCCUGCUCUGGGAGCGGUGUCCCCUGAUACUUCUGCCUCGUCUCGGGAACAGCUGCAACCAGUACCACCACCAGCAUCCUCCUCUGUUUCCUCGUGGUUUUCCCUCGCCUCCUCCCCUCCCAGGGGCUCCUGGCUGCGUCUGCUCAGCAGCAUGGGGGUGCUCAUCAGCCUCCUCCACUUCAGCUCCCAGCUAUUCGAGGCCCAUGCCAUCCCCUCUACAGGCAUCUUCGCUAUCCUCGCACUGUGCGCCCAUGCCAACUGGUUUGCCUUUGAUCGCACCCUCCCUGGGUACCUCCUCGCCCUCUUUGUCGCUGUCGGUGCCCCAGCCUCAGAAGUGCUUAUAAUGAAGUACUUUGGGCUCUGGCACUACACUAAACCGGACAUCUUCAUUGCAGGAGAGGGAAUGGUGUCAUGGACUGCCUGGUGCUACUUCUUUUAUACCCAAUGGGUGGCCACUGUUGCUCGCACCUUAGCUGCCUCGCUGACUCCCAAUAGCCCUGCGCUGGAUGAGCUAAAAUGGUAA